AUGACCAAGCUGUCCCGAGUGGGCGCCAUGGUGGUCUUACUCUCCCUAGGCAUUGCUAACCUCGCGGGUUUGAAUGAGCCCAACUCCUGCCAUAUGUCUGGGACCGUGGUGGACUGCUGCUGCAGCUACUCGGCGGUGGAGCAGGUGAAUCGCGACGACAUCGGCCCCAUCCUGGACAAGCUGGUCCAGUCGGCCUUCUUCCGCUACUUCAAGGUGGACCUCUACUGCGACUGCCCCUUCUGGCCGGACGACGGCAUGUGCGCCAUGCGCGAUUGCAGCGUCUGCGAGUGCGAGGAGGACGAGGUGCCAAAGAUCUGGCGCGCGGCCGAGGGGCGACUCGCCUCCGCCGACUCUCCCGCCGCCGCCUGCGCAGCGGCGGCGCAGGAGUCAGCGCUGGACCGCACGCUGCAGCCAGACAUCCGACGCGCGCUGCUGGCAGUACCAGACUGGCGCGGGUAUCGCAACCCCUGGAUGCCGGAGGCGGACGACGCCGGCGUGGAGUACGCCUACAUCAACCUCCAGCGCAACCCCGAGCGCUUCACGGGGUACGCGGGGGAGCACGCCGCACGCGUGUGGCAGGCCAUCUACGGCCAGCCGGGGCUGGAGGCAGGGGCCUCUGCCGCGCCGGAGCUCCGGGUCUUCUACCGCCUCAUCUCCGGCCUGCAUGCCUCCAUCUCCGCUCACCUAGUGGCGGAAUCGCCGCUGCGCGACGACACGGGCGAGGUCUACGCCUGGGGCCCGGACCUGGCCGAGUUCAGGCGCCGCCUGGGCUCCCCGGAGCUGCGGGACCGCGUGGAGAACCUCUACUUCGCCUACCUCUUCGUGCUGCGCGCGGUGCAGAAGGCAGCGCCCCUUCUGCGCGGCGUGGAAUACUCCACGGGCCUGCCGGAGGAGGACGCGGCCACGCAGCACUUCAUGCACAAGCUGCUGGACAACGCGGCGCUGCAGCAGGUGUGCCCCAUCCCCUUUGACGAAGGCAGGCUCUGGCGUGGCGAGGAGGGCCCCGUGGUGAAGGAGCAGCUGCGGAACAUUACGCGGGUGAUGGACUGUGUGGGGUGCGAGAAGUGCAAGAUGUGGGGCAAGCUGCAGUUCCUGGGGGUGGCCACCAGUCUCAAGAUCCUGUUCUCCGCCGAGGACUGCAGCGGCGCCCCAGUCCCCGAGCAAGGCCUGCAGCUGGAGAGGAACGAGGUCAUCGCACUCGUGAACCUUCUGGAGAGGCUGAGCAACUCGGUGGAAACCGUGCGCACGCUGAGCGUGCAGCUGGCGGGCGGCAGCGUGGCGCACCCCCAGGGCCUGGGAGCCAUCCAGGACGUGGUGCAGCACGGCCUCGCGCCGCAGCUGCGCACCGGGGGGGCAUGA